CCGGAGCGGAGGUCAACCAGUCUCAUUUUGCUUCUCCCAUCUGUCCUCUCUCUCGCCUUUCCUCUCUCCAAGCAUCUCGUGGUGAAAACAUACACCAAAGACGUUUCCGGGACCUGGUUGCAACUUAAUUGAUAUAUAACAUUUGCGCCCUCCCGUUUCUCUGACCUUGUACGUCUGUAUCAAGACGUGCACUGCUCAGUUCAAGCUCUCGCGCGCUUCACUUUCUACUCCUACCUUCUCCUUCUCCUUCCCCCUCACGCUACCACCGCCAAGAUGGGUUACCUCUACUACCUCUUCCACCCUUACCAGCUUCGAUCGAUCAUUCAAUGGAAGGUCUGGCAUGAUCCUGUCCACCAGCGCGAUCCCAGCACAGAGUCCCCAGAGCUAAAGGAAUGCUUUCGUUACCUCGAUAUGACAAGUCGCAGUUUUGCGGCUGUCAUCCAAGAACUUAACCACGAACUCCUCGUCCCCAUCACUCUCUUCUACCUCUGCCUCCGUGGCCUAGACACCAUCGAGGAUGACAUGACCAUCCCCCUGGAAAAGAAGGUUCCCCUCCUUCGAAACUUCCACAUCACCAUGGAAGAAGAUGGUUGGCAAUUCCAUGAGAGUCAGGAGAAGGAUAAGGAGCUGCUGGAGCACUUCGACGUGGUCGUUACAGAGCUCAAGAAGAUCAAGGCACCCUACUACCAUAUCAUCAAUGACGUGACUCGCAAGAUGGGCAAUGGCAUGGCCGACUAUGCCCAGAACGAGGAGAUGAUCAAGAACGGUGUGCAGACUAUUGAGGAGUACGAGCUGUACUGCCAUUACGUCGCUGGUCUCGUUGGCGAAGGCCUAACACGUCUGUUUGUUGAGUCCGAGUUGGCUAAUCCUAAGCUUGCUGAGCGUCCUUCUCUUACCGAGUCAAUGGCUCAAUUCCUCCAGAAGACCAACAUCAUUCGAGAUAUCCAUGAAGAUUGGCAAGAUGGCCGAAGAUGGUAUCCCAAGGAGAUCUGGAGCCAGCACGUCGACAAGUGGGAAGAUAUGUUCGACCCCAGCCAGCAAACGAAGGCCCUGGAGUGUGUCUCAGCGAUGGUUCUCGAUGCGCUAAAGCACAGUGAGGAAUGUCUGUUCUACAUGGCGGGCAUCAAGGACCAGAGUGUUUUCAACUUUGUUGCUAUUCCUCAAGGCAUGGCCAUUGCGACAUUGGAGCUUGUCUUCCGCAACCCUGAUGUCCUCAAGAGGAACGUCAAGAUCACAAAGGGCGAUGCCUGCAAGAUCAUGUUCGAGUGCACACAAAACCUCUACACAGUAUGUGAGGUCUUCAAGCGAUAUGCUCGACAAAUCGCCAAGAAGAACGACCCUCGUGACCCUAACUUCCUUGCCAUCAGUGCCCAAUGUGCAAAGAUUGAGCAAUUCAUCGAGACUCUCUUCCCCAAGCAGGACCCCAAGAAGCUCGCUGUGACUCAGGCCCAAGUCCAAAACAAGGAGCCAACUAUGGACGGAGGCGAGACUCUUGUUCUCUUCGGCGUUGUCAUUGCAGCUCUGGUCUGCAUUUCUGGUCUUAUGAUUGGUACCGCUUGGAUCUUUGGAGCCAGAUUCGAUACUAUCUUCAGGGAAGCCAGUGUCUUCCUACCAGGUGGCGAGAAGGCUACUCCCAUGAUUACGGGUCACGAAGAAUUGUAAUAUUAUGCGCGCCGAUUUGUUUUGCUUUGUUCACGGCACGAACCUUUUUAACGAUAUCCUAACGUACAUACCACAUUUAGCAAUGGUCCUCAUAUGACAGGACCUGCUCGGCGGCAUAUUGCUGGGCUUUAUACUCUUGUUAAUACUACCUGCAGCGGCGCGAUAAAGCGCGCGUUGCAGUUCAAGUUUCGUCCCCCGUUCACCCACUGGUGAUGUCUCUGAUCUUGAUACCCAACUACAACUCCUGCACGGAUGUCAAAUUGCAAUCGAGUCCUUCCAUGACUAUGAUUGUGCCGAAGAAGUGCGAAAAUUAAAUAUCUCUUGCUCUUGGUUUCCGCCUCACGGCGAUGUCACGCCACAAGUCUAUCUCGACAUGUUUGAGGAUGAUAGACUGGUGGCGGCGGGCAAACAUUUCAUUCAGCCUUGUAGACAUGAAUUCAUCUGAUUCGACCCGUGUUUGGCGAUUCUUGCUCCUUUUGGACGUGCUAUUACUAGUGAGGCAUGAAAUGUGUCUGGGCAAGGUUUCACCUUUGAUGCUGUUGGUGCGACAUGCUGUUACACUACCGGCGGGACACGUCUUAGCCGAUCUUUCAUCAACGGACGUGCCCAUCAUUCAGGGGUUUUGGUUACAUCGCCCUGCUCUUUUUGAGCCGUCAAGAUGCAGGCCAAAAGGAUGAUGGCAGAGCCUUUGGCUUUUGAUCUCGAGAAAGCAUUGGGAUAAAUUUAGAAUCAAAUGAACUAAAUUAUGGUCAACUCCCUUGUUCUCCAACUUCGCAGGUUCUUGUCUUAGUUGUUUCCGGCAUCAAUUCGUGGUAUCAAGUCUGCUGAUAACCCGAGCGUCAUGAGUCGCUUUUCACAUACUGGCUCUUGAUUUAGUAAGAGGCGCUCGUCAAACUUGGCACUUUAUGCACUGACGAGAAACAAAUGGUAGUCUAGAAGGUCUAUUGCCGUUACGUACCAUCUAUAGUAACAAACACGCUCGG